CCGACGUCAUUAAACGUCAAAAUGACGUCAUUAGACGUCAACUGGAAGUUGACGGAUUGACCAAUCAGAGCAAACUGUAACCUGUAGUGUAAUUUAGCCUAAAUGUAACUUCAACUAGUGUAAUACGGCUUUGUCACGUGAUCACUCAUUUGAUAUAUCUGAGAAACCUCGUGGUCAUAGUGCUCGUGGUAUUGCACUUGCAUUCUAGAGACUGGAGAUUUACAAAGAAAAAAAAACGCAUAUGAGAAUGCGUAAUUGCACCAUCAAAUCACGCGCGACGCGCGACGUGACGCGAUGCGCUGAUGUUUCUGUCAUCGCGCUUGUCAAAUAAAGAGAAAAUUAAUUUCUUUCUUUCAUGAUCAAUCUGUCUCCGGCAGAUCGUUGCAAUUGGGUCGAAUCCUAAAUGCAAUAUACGUUCCUAGGAAAUAAAAAUGAAGAGGAGCACAACCAUGAAUUGGCAUCCCACCAGAAGAAAACCACUAACCAGCCAGGAAGAAAGUACUUUACUAUGCUUGUAGUGCUUGGCACAUUGUUCUUAGGUUACAUAGCUAUAGCGAAUGAUUUAAAACCUAUGAAAAUAGGUAGCAAAGCCAUUGAUACAUUAGCAUUCUCAUUUAAUUUACAAAAGCCAUUCUACGUUGUCGUCAUCGACGCCGGAUCCACCGGUAGUCGUGUACUGGCUUUCAGUUUUCACGAAUCGAUUCUCAACGGUAACUUAGUCCUGGAUAAUGAACUGUUCAGCGAAAUAAAGCCUGGUCUGAGCUCGUUCGUGGACAGUCCCAAAGAUGCUGCGAAAUCUUUGACCACUCUUUUGAACAAAGCAAAGACUGUCAUUCCACAAUCUGAAUGGCCUCGCACAUUACUAACUAUGAAGGCCACAGCCGGAUUGAGAUUAUUGCCCGAGCGUAAAGCCAACGACAUACUGGAGGAGUGCAGAAAGCUGUUUCACACGUCCGGAUUUCAGACUGCGAAGAAUUCUAUCUCCAUAAUGGAAGGCACAGAUGAGGGAAUCUUCUCUUGGUUCACUGUCAAUUUUUUACUUGAUCGUUUCAACUCCAUCAGCUCUCAGACUACCGUGGCUGCGUUAGAUCUCGGCGGAGGCUCGACGCAGGUCACAUUUCAACCUAAUAACGCUCAAGCAAAGCAAUUAGAGAAACAUGUUUAUUCCAUCAACGUAUUGAAUCAUAACAUGAGCUUAUACACGCACAGUUACUUAGGGAUGGGUUUAAUGGCUGCCAGAAAAGCGAUAUUAGUUUCUGAUAUGAAUCUGGAGACUGUGGAUCCCAAGUCUUCUGUAGAGAUACGUUCCGAGUGCAUCAAUCCGAUUAUAUCUACUGAAUGGUCCUACGGUGGACGUGAUUAUGUCAUAAAGGGUCCAAUAAAUGGCACGUACAAAUUGGUGAAGACUCAAAAUUUUGCCGGCGGAGACGAGAAUAAACCAGUUGUACGCUUUCCGGAAUGUUUGAAGAUCAUCGAGAAAUACGUUAAUACUCUGACAGACAAACCAAUAGGUUUGAAAGAUCAUGAAAUAUAUGCAUUUUCGUAUUACUUCGAACGCGCGACAGAGGUAGCACUAAUAGAUCCAUUUUUGGGUGGAAUUGUUGAAUUAAAUGUAUUUUUGAAACAAGCCAUGGAAAUAUGUGACUAUCCUAACACGGAUCAGCCAUUCAUGUGUUUAGAUCUGACAUUUAUUUAUGUUUUACUGAAAGAUGGUUUUGGCUUGGAACCAUCCACUAAAUUACAUCUUUACAAGAAGAUCAAUGGCCACGAAUUAAGUUGGGCGUUAGGAGCCGCGUUUAAUGUUCUCCAAAAUGGGCUCUGAUUAGUGUAUUGUUGAUGAAUUUUAUUCUAGAUUUAUACAAAAGCCAAAAUACACUGGUCAAAAAAAUUAUCGCAACAUGCAAUUAAUAUCAAAAUUUCGCGUAAAUUCAAAUAAGCAUAUCUCCACGAAAAAUUAUUGUAUUUGAAAUUUUUUUUUGUUUUAAAGUCUCUACUUUAAG